GAUCCUUACAAAACCUCAUUGAAAUAUUAUACAAGGAAAUUAUCCUCAAAAAAACCCAGAGAAAUUGAAAUUGGCGAGCCAUAGGAACGAUCUACGGAGAAGAGUCGAUGAAAAAGCGUUGAUUUUUCCCAGCGAUCGAGAGAAGUGAAGGUUUUGAGGGGGUAAUGGACAUCGAUAGCAUCGAGUGCGUAUCUUCAUUGGAUGGGAUGGAAGACGAAGAGAUCCGAUCGUCUCACCAUCUCAAACACAGUUCUUCGACCAAACCUCACAGUAAUGUCUUCCCGGCCACCGGAAUUGCUCCGACGAGUGUCCAUGAAUUGCUCGAAUGCCCCGUCUGUACAAACUCUAUGUACCCUCCCAUUCAUCAGUGUCACAACGGGCACACACUUUGUUCAACUUGUAAGACAAGGGUACACAACCGGUGUCCUACUUGCAGACAAGAGCUUGGUGACAUCCGCUGCUUAGCACUAGAGAAGGUUGCAGAGUCACUUGAAUUGCCUUGCAGACAUUAUGCAUUGGGAUGCCCUGAGAUAUUCCCAUAUUACAGCAAGCUCAAACAUGAAGCCGUUUGCAACUUCAGGCCAUAUAAUUGCCCAUAUGCGGGAUCCGAGUGCUCAGUCACUGGGGACAUACCUAAUCUGGUAUCUCAUUUGAGAGAUGACCACAAGGUGGACAUGCACAAUGGAUCCACAUUCAACCAUCGAUACGUCAAGUCCAAUCCUCGUGAAGUAGAAAAUGCAACUUGGAUGCUCACCGUGUUCCAUUGUUAUGGUCAGUACUUCUGCCUUCACUUUGAGGCCUUCCAGCUUGGGAUGGCCCCUGUUUAUAUGGCCUUCCUCCGCUUCAUGGGCGACGAGAACGAAGCACGGAAUUACAGCUACAGUCUGGAGGUGGGUGCAAAUGGCAGAAAGC